AUGGGUAGGCUUAAACCCCGUAUUAAAAUUCGGAAACCCCGCAGAAAAUUAGGAGCUCGGCCAUACAGAAACCAUACGACAGAAAUGUUGGAAUUAGCAGUUGAAUCUGUGGCCAAUAAAAAAGUUACGUCGAGGGAUGCUGAGAAAAAAUUCGGUAUACCAAGGCGCACAAUUAUAAACAAAGUUAAAAGUUUUCACAUAAAAGCCGUUGGAUCCCCAACGAGACUAACGCAGACGGAAGAAGAUAGACUGAUAAAUUUAUUAAUAGCUUCUGCUGAUUUUGGGAGCCCUCUUACAAAGCUUAAUCUGCGUAUCAUAGUGCACAAUUAUUUAAAUAAAAAUGGAAGAGAUGACAUUUUUAAUGGAAAACUACCAGGUGACAAAUGGGUCACCAGUUUUCUGAGCCGUCACAGUGAAAAACUGACCAUCCGUGCUACGCAGGCGCCAAUUCUAUCUCAUGAACGCCCCGUAAUUCAUAUACCAGAACCAGCUACUCAAGAAGAAGAAUUGCAGACUGUGGCUAAGUUCUUACAACACUUCUAUUCUUUUUAA